CUUGAAAUGUCUGCGCGCCAAGUUUAACAUUCAGCAAAAGUCAUGUAAAGAUGUGUUAACUGAGUAAAAAGCAUAUCGGACUGACCAUGUCCCAGUCCCAGUCCAGCUUCCUGGAGACUGUGGUCAGCUGGGACGGUACCCAGUGUCAGGACAACCUGGACACAGCACUACCCAGACUCAUUAGAUGUUUUCAAGAAGUGAAUAUUGUUCAGGAGCAGAUUGGAAUUCUCAAAAUUAUAUGCCAUUCCUUCUUGCCAUGUGUUGAAGCAAUUCAAGCAGAGGAGAAGCUUUUUAGCAAACUUAUUGAUGAGGUGUGUGGUGUGUUUGACAAAGCUUUGGAUGAUAUUCACCAGUACACACAAAGCACAGACAAGAAAUCCAGCAUUCCUGGUAUCAACACAAGCCUACAGAUUUUAUUGGACCUACUGGAGUUUCUGGAAACCUGCAUCUAUCACAUGCAGAAUGGAAAUGUAGCUCUAGACUGGAGCCAUAUUCACUCUCUACCCAGAGGAACCAUUCACUUCCUGAAGGGAGCAUAUGGACAUUGCAAGGACAGUGGAGAUGUGUAUCAGGACCUGUUGAGCUCCAUGUCAGCUCCACUCUCCAGUCUCUUUAAGAAAACUCACUCCUUACAAGUAGCUUUCCUCCGGCUUCUAGACAACAUAAAACUCAGUGACCCUGUCACAGAACAAGAUGUCCUAGACCUCACUCAGGUUUGCCGUGGCCUAUUUGAUGUUUGUCAGAUAGUAACAUCUUUAGAUAUGAAGUUGAUGGUGACCCUGUGGAAAGCUAUAUCUAAACAUGCCAUUAAUAACAAGGUCCAUGUUGGUCAGCGAUUGGAGGUGGGGGGUAUGAUUGGUCACCUUUGUGGGGAAAUCCAGAGUGGAUUCCUCUUCCUCCUCCAGCUGAUUCCGCAGGUGGAUCCAGAAGGAGCGGUGUUAUCUCAGGGAGACGAGAAAGGAUUCCAGAAAUCCCUCAAGAUCCUGGGAUUCCAGAUGAAAAUCCUAGUGAUGCUGGUGCGGGAAUUCUCGGAUGUUGUUCAUGGCUGUGAGGAGCUGGUCUACAGCUUGCUCCUAACACUGAUGAGAUUGCUUCCUCCCAGUCUGUCAGCCCAGCAGAUAGAUGAAAAACACCUCAGAGACAUCAGGCAACAUUUAACUAAUGCUAUUGACAUACUUAUCAAAGCCUUAAUAUCAAAUAGAGCAUUCACAGAGGCUGUUACUGGAGCAGAGAAAGUCAGAAGUUUGACAGAUGGAGACAGUUUUCCACAUCUACAGACUGUACUGAAGGUUUUAGAAUUUCUUCCUCAAAUGCCAGAUGAUGUACAAGACCAGUGGGUGGAUCCAAAAUUACAUCCAGAAGAUGAAGACAGAUUAAGUGUGAUUGAUGUUGUGUUCAAAACAACCUCAAAAUGCAGUAAAGAGCUUAACUUGCCUAUUGUCCUUACAGACUCAAUGUUGUCAGCAAAACCAGAAAGGGAGGUUAUCUUGUAUGAGGUGUGCUGCACCAGAUUAUGUGCAUUCCUUGGAUCUUUAUCUGCUAAACAUUUCCUUAGAGCUGAAGGAAUUCUGUUUGAAAACGCUCUGUCACAUGACUUCUGGUGUCAUCUACUAGCUGAGGAUAUCUGGUGCUUUAUCAUCAGGUAUGGCUCAGCUGACCUUUGUCGAGAUCAUGUGACCUUUUUACUUGAAGUGAUGAAGCAGUGUUGGUCCUUUGACCUUGAGUCCCCACUACUUUCAUUGGUUGUUCGAUUAAUUAAGUGCCUGUCCUCGGAACAUCAGACCGAGUUGAUAAGAAGAUUAAGCUCAGAAGAGGACCUCUCCUUGCUGUAUGUUUUAUCCUGCUGUCUACCCAGUUUCUCUGACGAGAACAAUCAGAAUCUGGUGGAGAAAGUGUCAGAAAAAUGUUCCAAAAUUCUGCAGGAGUUUACAGUUGCCUCAGAAAAGACUCAACAAGACUUCUACAGAAUGUUGAAUUCUGUUUCCUGCCUGUGUGAGUUAAUGAACAACAAUGAUACAAUUGGAUUGGCUGUCCAGUCAGCCAUGACAAUGUCCCUUACAGACAGUGUCAGUCAGGUGUGGAGAGAGAUGUUUAUCUCAGACUGGACAGACUCGUCACUACUCGAGCUGUGUCUCCAGAGACUCGUAUUACUCAGUUCACAUCUCUCCACUCUUAUGGAGAAUGAUGUUCUCCUGAAGAUUCUAUCUGUAAUGAGUUUCCUGUUACUACAAGGCUGUUCCAGCCACCUACAUCUUACCAUUGUCUGUUUUCUGAAGUCCUUUGGUAAAAUCAGGCUUACAGCAACUCCAGAGCCUCAGAUUUUGAAGAAGUUUUCUGACCUCUUUGUGAUGACCUUGACCUCGCCUGACCUUUUCAUUCACCACCAUGGGUUAUCUGCAUUUACACAGUUUGCUGAGAACACAAUACAUGAAUCUGUGGUUCCAGAUUGUAUUGAUCAACAACCUCAGCUUCAAGACUUUGUGGUUCAGUUUCUUAGCAAGAUACCACACACCUGUGAAGAGUUGAGCCGACUGGAGUUCUUGAGAAUGGAACCACCCCCUGAUUCAAAUGUUAACAGAGAAAGAAAUGACACCAUAAAGACAAAAAAUGAGCCCAGUAGUAAGAGACCAAGACUAAUGGACAAUGAUAGUAAAAUAACUACAAAGCUGGGGAUGCAGGUAAAGGAGUUGGUGGUAGUGUUACGACAAACUUUAUCAGAAUUAGAGAACUUAAACAACACAGAGGAUUGUAAUUUGUCUUCACAUUCCUGGAACAACCUGGAAACAAUUCACUGUAAAAUUACUGGUAUCUUAAAGGAAAAGGGGUGACAUUUUUUGUCUUUAAAUUAAACCUUAUAUAGUCGACUCUAUAUUGGAGCUCGUAUAUUUCAGUAUGAUCUGUUGAGUUUGACUUUAAUGAAUCCAGUCUUGUAUAAAAUAAUUCUGCUAUUUUUACAAUUUGCUAAAUUGCAAUGUAUAUUUGAAUGUAGAUGAGCUGGAUUUGGAACAGAUGCUGUAUGAAUGAAAUGUGUUUUGGUGUAUGACAUAUGGUUAUAGAAAUGAAUAAAAUCAUUUAAGAAAAA